AUGGCAUCCGAUUCGGUCUCCGAUGCCGACACUGAUGGGUUCAAGCUGUAUCUUUACAAGCCCUCGCUGCCAGCGGCAAUUUUAUUUACCGUUCUUUUCGGUCUCGUUACCGCUCGCCACUUCCAGCUUGUUUUCAAAAUGAAGACAUGGUCGUUUAUUCCCUUCUGUAUAGGAUGCGUUUUGGAAACAGUUGGAUAUGGUGCCCGCGCAUACUCGGCAACGCAAACUCCCGACUGGGAUCUUAUGCCUUAUAUCUUGCAGAGCGUGUUUAUCCUCCUCGGACCUGCAUUUUAUGCAGCUUCGAUUUACAUGGCAUUGGGCCGGCUCAUACGUUUCCUUGAAGGACAGCAUCACUCAGUGAUCAGGGUGGGCCUGCUUACCAAGAUAUUCUUGAUGGGAGACAUUUUCUCGUUUUUCGGACAAGGUGGAGGUGGCGGGCUCCUCGCUAGCGCCAGCGACAAAGGAAGCCAGGAUCUCGGCAACACAAUCAUUAUCGUCGGUCUCGCGAUUCAGGUCAUAUUCUUCGGGGGAUUCAUGGUUGUCACAGCAAUCUUUCACAUGCGCAUACUACGUCGCCCGACCAGCAGGUCCCUGAGCACCGGUGCUCCAUGGCAGGCAUUCAUGGCCGUACUCUACUUUACCAGUGCGCUCAUCAUGGUGCGAUCCGUUUUUCGGAUGAUAGAAUAUGCUCAAGGUCACACAGGCUCAUUGAUUUCUAAGGAGAUCUACGUCUAUACUCUUGAUGCUCUGCUUAUGAUUAUCGUCGCAGGCAUCUUUACAGUGCGCCACCCAAGUGCGAUCUUUACAUACCAGACGCUAUCGGAUCCCCUUGGCCAAGACCCAGGAAGUUUCGACAAUGUACCCAUGGUUGGUCGAAGACCAUAUGUGGCGAAGCCAUAG